AUGAAGACAGCGCGACAUUCCCUGCCCCUUCGGCAGGGCCUUUCGAGCAUUUGCUCGCCCCUGGACCACCGAUGCCGACCCGAUAGACCAACAGCGCUGCUACGCCAGCGGUGGACGACCCGCGCCCCAGGGUUGCGCCGGCGCGGCUUUGCCGACGUGGCCUCCGGAUCGCGACCCCCGUUCGAUGUCGUGGUAGUCGGUGGUGGUCAUGCCGGUGCUGAGGCAUGCGCGGCAGCAGCAAGGACGGGCGCGCGGACCGCGCUGGUCACACCGAAACUGGACAACCUGGGCGUCUGCUCGUGCAACCCGAGUUUCGGCGGUAUUGGCAAGGGAACCAUUCUGAGGGAGGUUGAUGCGAUGGAUGGCCUGGCGGGCCGCAUCAUCGACCGCGCUGGCGUGCAGUUCCGGGUGCUGAAUCGGCGCAAGGGGCCGGCCGUCUGGGGCCCGCGAGCGCAGAUUGACCGAGCGCUGUACAAGAAACACAUGCGCGCCGAGCUCGAAUCCUACCCGAACCUGUCGAUUGUGGAGGGCAGCGUGUCAGACAUUGUGGUCGCGGCGGCGGACGAAAAGAGCAACACAGAAAUGGCUCGCAGCCGCAUCACGGGCAUACGUCUCGAGUCGGGCGAGGUGCUUCCCACAAGCACGGUUAUCAUCACCACGGGAACCUUUCUGGGCGGCGAGAUUCACAUUGGCCUCGAGGCCUACCCUUCGGGCCGCAUGGGCGAGGCAGCCACGUUUGGGCUGAGCCGCUCACUGCGAGAAGCCGGGUUCCAGCUCGGCCGUCUCAAGACAGGCACACCGCCACGGCUCGACCGCAAGUCCAUCGAUUUUGGCAUCCUCGAGGAGCAGCCGGGAGACGAGCCACCCAUGCCGUUCAGCUACCUCAACGACCGUGUGGCUGUCGACGGGGACCAGCUGUUGUGCCACGCCACGUACACCAACGAGGCCACACACGACGUCGUGCGGGCCAACCUCGACAAGACAAUCCACAUUCGCGAGACCGUCAAGGGCCCGCGCUACUGCCCAUCGCUCGAGUCCAAGGUCAUCCGCUUCGGCCACAAGGACCGCCACAUUGUGUGGCUGGAGCCCGAGGGCUUCGACAACGACAUUGUCUACCCGAACGGCUUGUCGAUGACGGUGCCAGCAGAGGCGCAGGAGCAGCUGCUGCGCACGAUCCGAGGCCUCGAAAACGUGACGAUGCUGCAGCCCGGCUAUGGCGUCGAGUACGACUACGUGGACCCGCGCAGCCUCAAAGCCACGCUCGAGACCAAGGCCAUUGACGGCUUGUUCCUGGCCGGCCAGAUCAACGGCACCACGGGCUAUGAGGAGGCUGCCGGCCAGGGCAUCGUGGCAGGCAUCAACGCGGGCCGUGCGGCGCAGGGCCUGGAAACCGUGCGGCUGUCGCGCGCCGACGGCUACAUUGGCAUCAUGAUUGACGAUCUCAUCACCAAGGGCGUGUCGGAGCCGUAUCGCAUGUUCACGGCGCGGUCCGAGUUCCGCCUCAGCGCGCGCUUCGACAACGCCGACGAGCGGCUGACGGAAAAGGCGCGCGCAUGGGGCGUGGUCGGCGACCGGCGCUGGGACCGCUACUGCGCGGACCGCGACCAGGCCGCCGAGCUGACAAGCCUGCUGCGCGGCGUCGUCCUGAGCGCGCCCGCAUGGCAGCGCCUGGGCUUCAAUGUGCGCGAGGACACCAAGAUGCGCAACGGCCUCGACAUGAUGCGCGUGACGGGCGUCGCGGGCGUCGACGACCUUGUGGCGCGCGGCGCUGUGCCCAACGGGGAGCGUAUCCUCGACAAUUUCGCGCCGCACGUGCGCCGCCGCGUGUCCAUUCAUGCGCAGUACGCGCCCUACGAGGCGGCGCAGCUCGCGGAGCGCUCGCGCGUGGCACGGGACGAGGCGCUGCAGCUGCCGACGGACCUGGAUUACGCACAAGUGACGGGCCUCAGCAUUGUGGAGCGGGCGACGUUGACGGAGACGCGGCCCGAGACCUUGGCCCAAGCGCGGCGGCUCGAGGGUAUGACGCCAGCCGGAUGUGUUAAGCUGCUCAGAUACGUGAACCGGCUGCAGAGAACCGUCAGCGUGGAGGAGAACGCUAUUCUAGCGUCGGCCGACGGCGACAUGGCGACUGUGGAUGCGGAGGCACGCGCAGCCGAUCUGUCGUGA